AUAUAUUUAAACUUUGGGGUCGAAUGACAACCGUAAACAAACGAGCGUUGUUGGGAAAUGACGUCACAAAGUACGUACUGCUGUCAGCUUCUGCGCCUGUCACGUGACCCAGCUGCUUUGUCUGUCAAAAAACAAAUAAACCAAAACAAAUAUAAGAACGUGAGUGGCGACUAUGCGGUCACUCAUCGGACUUGUGUCCGUGGUCGUCACUGCAACUGUAUACCUAUAUUCCCUGUCUCUGUACUUGCCCCCCGGUCCGCCGAGACCCGCUCAGACCUCAGCCGAGAUCGAACAUGCCGCCCCCGGAGCAGAAGGGUCCGAAGUGUCCGCUGAGAGAACCGAGGACACAAGAAGCAGGUUGAAAUUUCCAUCUGACUUGGAGGAUCUGCGAGAGCUGUCCGAGCUUCUUCAAUUCUACAAGACGGAGCACACGGCCUACGUACUGCUGCUCUUCUGCAGCGCUUAUCUCUACAAGCAAUCCUUCGCCAUCCCCGGAUCCUCCUUCCUGAACAUCUUAGCGGGAGCCAUAUUUGGCCUGUACUGGGGUUUGCUGCUAGCCUGUGUGCUCACCACGGUGGGGUCCACCGCUUGCUACCUCCUGUCCCAGGCCUUUGGGAAAUCCUACAUUGUCAGACUCUUCCCAGAUAAGGUGGCCAUGCUCCAAAGUAAGGUAGAGGACAACAAGGACUGCCUAUUCUUCUUCCUUCUCUUCUUGAGGUUCUUCCCCAUGACGCCCAACUGGUUCCUCAACAUGUGCGCCCCUGUCGUCAACAUCCCCGUCACUUUCUUCUUCUGCUCCGUCUUUAUCGGUCUGCUGCCCUACAACUUCAUCUGUGUGCAGACGGGCGUCAUGUUGGCAGAAGUCUCAUCCCUGGACCACUUGUUCUCCUGGCAGCGCCUCGCCCAGCUUUUGGCCACAGCGUGCGCGGCGCUGCUGCCCGGUGCCCUCAUCCACCGUUACGGUCAGCGGCGCCUCAGGGGGACCGCCUCACACGAGCCCAACGGACUCCCCGACAACAAGAAUGUCCACUGAAACACUGCAUGGGUUGUUCAUUUGGACUACUGGGCCCGGCAGUCAGUCAACUUGGUCUAUACAAGGAAAUAUACAGGGAGGGACAACUUUCGGCUUUUACAAACAUCUACCUCACAGCGGUAUUGAAACUCUCCUGCUUUUGAGAACACUGGCUUGAAAGGGAAGCAAUCUAGAGUCUAACACACAACUUGCCAAAGUCAGGUGGGAUAAGCUCAAGAUCACCCCGCGACCUGAAUAAAGACGAGCGCUCUACUUCAAAAGAAAUAUAUACUGUAUAUAUAGAUGGAUGUUAUUGUUCUUUUUUUUGUGUGAAUGUAUACUUCCCCCAGGCAGCAGAAAGCCAAUCAAUUAUUCAUGCAAGCCUCACUCCGUCAGUUCAUGAUGAAAGCUGCAAGAGAUUGCCAGGGAAGGGGGAUCAAGACUAAUAGGCCACAAUAUUGGGUACACCCGCACAACUUGCAGUAUGAGAGCUAUAUAGGAGACAUUCUGCCUUUACAAAUGCAAUAAUACUCAGUUUUGAUUGACAUGUUCAUAGAUGUAGACACUCCUUUCAUGUCAUUUCACAACAACAGGAAAUUUCAUUUUAUGAGUAGAAAGUCAUUUUUUUCCCCCUUCAUAAUAAAAAAGCUUUUUCUUCGAUGAAAGGAGGACUUUGCUUUCCGACAAUGUUAAGACAUCAUUGGCAUAUAUUCUCAUCAGUGAAAGAUUUACAGACCUUCUGUCUGGACUGAUGGAACGCCCACCUCUGUAAACAUGUCACAUUAGACCUUAAAUAUAAUAUUGGAAUACAAAUAACUGUUUUUCAUCUUGAUUUAGAUUUUUUAUUUUUGGAAAAAAAGUGUUAUUCUCUAAAAUUUAAGGUACCGUAGAUCCAUUGAAACGUGGUUGAAGCAUGAAGGAAACACAUUUUAAGAGACUCACUGUACUGGUAUGUGUGCAAGUGAUUGGCCACUUCUAAUGAGAGCUCAAGAGUCAGCAUUCUGCUACGUUUUCAUGAUGACGAGUGGACUCUGAUAAAGGACACCAAAGUCACUUUAUUGUAACAUUGACCCACUGUUGGGGAAAAAAGAGCAAAUAGAGGGGAGCAUCUUUCAAAUGGUGUUUAUUGCUCAGAUCCAGAUUUGCUCAGCAAUACAGUUCACUCACAAGUCAAACAACAGUACGCUCGAGGACCCGGAAGGCACGGAUCCACCACAAAAACGUCAAAACGCAGACCCCGUGUCAAUCCGGUGCACAUUAUCCGUGACCUUUUGACAUGUUUGAGACCUUUCGGCUCGCGGGACAUUGGAGGGGUUUCACUUGUCGAACACACACAUACACGCGUACACACAACACGCACACGCACGAGGAAUCUCCCAAAUGGCGAGAUGUGUAAAACCACUAGUAGAGGUUUAGUGCUCUAUGAGGCGUCUGGCAUCCAAACAUUAUUGAACAAAACACUGCUGCACUUGUUACUCAUCCAAAUGCCCUUUGCACGACCGUAUCCAAAUGUGCGAUUCUUACACACCUGGAUCCUCUUGCCAAUCUACUCUUGUUUCUUCAUUACCUCCACCAAGGAAGUUAAUGCGGUCUUUUGUCAGUUAAGGGGCUUACACUAAAAGCAAUUUUAAGAACCAUGCUGCAGAUAAAGAUUUGCAACAUCAAAAAGACAUUUAAUUGUACAUCCCCCCAAAAAAUCCAAAUACAAUUUAGACUUACAUUUGAUUUGAGUAACAAUUAUUUUUUUUAAUCGAUUAAUAUAUCGAUUUGUCUUUCGAUGAACUGAUGGUAUUGAUUUGUUUUAAAACUGGAUUUCCAUACCUUUAUUUAAAAACAGGACAUGAUAUCAAAUUGAGAGUACAGAAAACACACAAACAUAAUUGAUUCUGAUUAUGAUUCAAUUCCUGGUUUGGUCCCCAAUGCGUCAAAAUGUUGGCAGAAAUGUUGAUCAUUGUUUUCCAAAGUAAAAGCAAAUGUCGUAUUUUGGUGAAACUCAAAGAUAAUUGGUCUACAGACUACCAAAAUCUGACAGCAUUUACUGUUUAGAGCCUGAAAUGCUGAAGAUUUAAGCUAAAAAAUGGCUCAAACCAAUUACUGUAAUCCGUUGCACCACUCGAUUUAGUUUUGCUUGUCGUAUUUUUCUUUUUAAUAUCCUUUAUUGAACAAUGUGGACUCAUUUCUUGUCGUUUUUCCGCGCUUGUAUGAUUGCAACUUUUUUUCACGUAACUUUAUUCUUGUAAUACUAUUUUAAUAGUAGUGGUAUGCUUUUUCUUUUCAGUGUGCCCCUAAUUGUCAU